AUAUAAUUCUUCAAAAUGUCAGCUUACGGAAAGAAGAAGCGUGCCGACGAUAACUCACAAAAUGAAGUAAAUGAAGAGCAUUUCGAUGAAGAUAUGUCAAGUGAUGAUGAUGAUGGCGGCAAUUCUAGUGACGACCAAUUUGUAGGAACUGAAAUAAAUGUCGACUUUGAGGGAAGAAAUAUAGAAGACUCAGACUUCUCUGGAAUUAGAAAGUUACUACAACAGCUGUUCCUGAAAUCUUCGAUAAAUUUGACAGAGUUAUCUGACCUGAUAAUUUCUCAAAACUAUGUUGGUAGUGUUUUAAAACAAGUAACAGACGAUGGAGAUGAUGAUGAAGAAGAAGAUGAGUUAAUGGAUACCACUCAAAGUGAUAAUGAUGUUUAUGGUGUUCUUUCUGUUGUUAAUUUGAAAGCUAAAGAGAGUUUACAAUGUAUAAAGCAAUUAAGAGGAAUACUAGAGCUGGAAAAGCACGACUUCACAAAAUCAAUUAUUGAUGAGGAAAUCGCUUUUAUUAUAAAUGAAAGAUUUGUGAAUAUUCCGGUAGCCAUUGCCCCGCCACUCUUCGCAUCACUAAAAAAGGAAAUAGAAAAAGGAGCUAAGAAAAAAAUGAGAUAUAACUUCAGUUAUUAUUGUCUAAUUUCUAAAGUGCUUAAAAACAAGAAAGCUCCGUUCGACGAGUUCUUUCUAAACGAUGAAGAAGAAGUUUUUUCUAAAAAUGCAUCAUUUUCCUUUACAUGGAGUGUUGAAGGACAAUCAGACUCAGCCGCUGGAGGCCAAUGGACAGAUGAAGAUGACGAGUAUGAACCAUUACGACGAGCUAUUUUCUUAGAUAGAAAGAGUUUUGAUACUGUUCUUGAUGAAAUAAAUAAACAAUUCUCUAUGGUUUUUGACUCGGAAUUUCGACUGGGAAACAAUUCUGCGGCUAUGUCGGGAUCCAAUAGCGAUAUAAAUCUCUUAAAUGAGGCUCUAGCUGAUCCCAUGUUGCAAAAAAAGAAACGCUCUUCGUUUCUAAUACAUCUUUACUCCGUUUUGCAAAAGUCAAAUGAAUUAUUAAAGGAGGAAAGAGCUUUUGAAUGGGAUGACGAUAGCGAUGGAUUCUUUAUAUAUGAGCGUCAGUUUACAGAAUUGGUAAAACAGGGAAAUUUUACAAGAUUAGUCCCUUCUGGGAAUUUAACUAAUUUGAAGAGACGCUUAAAUUCCUUUGGAUUUCACGUUGUUUAUAAGUCUGUUACUGAUAGGUCCUCAUGCAGAAAGGAGGGACGAGUACGCUAUGUAAAUUCAAGAUUUACUCGUAAUAAUGUCACCGAAGCUCUGGAAUUUUGUAAAGAAAUUGCUAAAGGGCAAACUAAACGAAAAGCAACGAGAAGUCGUUCUCCAAUUUUGCAACCCGUUAAAUCUGCUAAAAAAGAAAAGGAACCUACAGCUAAGCCUGUAGAAAUAGAAAACUUUACCGAAGAGAGUAACAAUUCAUUAUAUCAAGCUUCUUUUAUGCAAAUUUAUAAUACCUAUUUGUCGUUAAUGUUGGCAAAUCCUGAUCUUGUUGAUGUACUAGCGUCUCAUUUUCUAGGUGAUUCAUACAAAGAAAAAUUGAUGCCUAAAUCUCCUGAGGUGGUGAAUACUUUUACUGAACAAAAUCUAUAUCAAGAGUAUGAAGAUAUUCUUAAAUCAAUGAAGACAAUCUUUCCAGACCUGUCAAUAUCUCAAGAAAUUUUGGAGAAGGGAUUAGAAUCGGAAAUGGGUGGAACGGAGCCAGUAAAAACCGACUCUAGUCAUCAAAGUGUUUUCCCAAAUAUGACCCCUCCACUUUAA